GGGGGCGGGACCGAUGGGGUGGGCCCUCUAGCGGGCUCCUCUUGCCUCACGCAGCUACCGCUGACCCGCAGGGAGGGCCCGGGAGGAGACUGGCGGCUCUUUCCUCUUUUGAGAGCUCUAUUUUCUUCUGAUUGGUUGACAGGCGCCCCUUCGGUCGCUUAUUUUCCGUCGCGGACGCAGCGCGAUGACGUAGCUUCCCCGAUAUUCCACGUCCAAGAUGGCCGCAGUCGGCACGGAGAGACGUUGCUAAGGGGCUUGCCUGAGGCGAGGGGAGUCUAACAUUUUCAGAAAAUCUUUUGGAAAGAACAAGUAUACUUCAAUAAAUGAAGGAAAAUAAAGAAAAUUCAAGCCCUUCAGUAACCUCUGCAAACCUGGACCACACAAAGCCAUGUUGGUACUGGGAUAAAAAAGACUUGGCUCACACACCCUCGCAACUAGAAGGACUCGAUCCGGCCACUGAGGCCCGGUACCGCCGAGAGGGGGCUCGGUUCAUCUUUGAUGUGGGCACACGUUUGGGACUACACUAUGAUACCCUGGCAACUGGAAUAAUUUAUUUUCAUCGCUUCUAUAUGUUUCAUUCCUUCAAGCAAUUCCCAAGAUAUGUGACAGGAGCUUGUUGUCUCUUUCUGGCUGGAAAGGUGGAAGAAACACCAAAAAAAUGUAAAGAUAUCAUCAAAACAGCUCGUAGUUUAUUAAAUGAUGUACAGUUUGGCCAGUUUGGAGAUGACCCAAAGGAAGAAGUGAUGGUUCUGGAGAGAAUCUUACUACAGACGAUAAAGUUUGACUUACAGGUGGAACAUCCGUACCAGUUCCUACUCAAGUAUGCGAAACAACUCAAAGGUGAUAAAAACAAAAUUCAAAAGUUGGUUCAAAUGGCGUGGACAUUUGUAAAUGACAGUCUCUGCACGACCUUGUCACUGCAGUGGGAACCAGAGAUCAUAGCGGUGGCAGUGAUGUAUCUUGCGGGACGUCUGUGCAAAUUUGAAAUACAAGAAUGGACUUCCAAACCCAUGUAUAGGCGAUGGUGGGAGCAGUUUGUGCAGGACGUCCCUGUGGAUGUCCUGGAAGACAUCUGCCACCAAAUCCUGGACCUGUACUCACAAGGGAAACAGCAGAUGCCGCAUCACACGCCCCACCAGCUGCAGCAGCCCCCGUCUCUCCAGACGACCCCACAGGUGCCGCAGGUGCCACAGCCGCAGACGUCCCAAGGCUCCGAGCCGCCCCCGUCCCAGCAGAAGGACGCGCAGCAGUCAGCCCAGCCGCAGGCCCCGCAGCAAGUGCAGCCGCCCAGGAAGCCGUCCCCGCAGCCUAGUCCCCCCCGGCAGGUGAAGCGCGCCGUGGUUGUUUCUCCCAAAGAAGAGAACAAAGCAGCAGAACCACCACCACCUAAAAUUCCCAAAAUUGAGACCACUCACCCUCCGUUGCCUCCAGCCCACCCACCUCCAGACCGGAAGCCGCCCCUCGUGGCUGCCUUAGGUGAGGCUGAGCCACCAGGCCCUGUGGAUGCCAGCGACCUCCCCAAAGUCCAGAUUCCUCCUCCAGCCCACCCGGCCCCUGUGCACCAGCCACCACCACUGCCACACCGUCCGCCACCGCCACCGCCCUCCAGCUACAUAACUGGGAUGUCCACCACCAGCUCCUACAUGUCCGGAGAGGGCUACCAGAGCCUGCAGUCCAUGAUGAAGACGGAGGGCCCCUCCUACGGAGCCCUGCCCCCUGCCUACGGUCCGCCAGCUCACCUUCCCUACCACCCACACGUCUACCCCCCCAACCCGCCCCCACCACCUGUGCCCCCUCCCCCCGCCUCCUUCCCCCCACCAGCCAUCCCCCCCAACCCCUGGCUACCCCCACCUCCACCCACCUACAACCCCAAUUUCCCCCCACCCCCACGCCUGCCCCCAACCCAUGCAGUCCCACCUCACCCUCCUCCAGGCCUGGGUCUGCCUCCAGCUAGCUACCCACCUCCAGCUGUCCCCCCUGGAGGACAGCCACCUGUGCCCCCACCCAUCCCCCCACCUGGAAUGCCUCCAGUCGGGGGGCUGGGGCGGGCAGCCUGGAUGAGAUAACGUGACUCCGUUUUUUUUUCCCCUUUGUUUUUUAAACAAAAGUUUUUCUAAUCAACUUGAAGAGUAGUUGAAGUGGAUAAACAGCAGGGUACCUUGUAUGAUGCUAGACAGUUGCAGUUUGGGGAGAAGAGGAUCAACCCGUGAGAUGAAAUUGUGGGGGAGGGUCCUGCACAUCUGGAGUGGGGACAGCGGCUCUCAGCGUAGCCCCAGCAGCAUCCGCUGCGACCCGACCAUGUACUUGGCUUCGCUGAUGUCGUCUGCUCGUCCUGCACUGGGUUGCUUAUACUAGUGAGAAUGUUAACCAGCCAUAUUGGCUCAAUAAAUAGCUUCAGUAAGGAGUGAAUUUCCUUCUAGAAACCAGUGCCUAUUUUUCCUGGAAACUCAGUUUUAAACAGUCCAGUUCCACCUGGAGUCGAGCUGCUGUCAAUUCUGUCAUUCCAUGAUGUUCUCUCCCAUGACCCCCCGUAGGUCAGAUGAACCACUUUUUUGAUUUAGAGACAUUUACAUCCUUUGUAUUAAAGUUAUUUUGAAGGGGUUGCCUUGUUGGAUGGCUCUUUUUCCUCCAGGGAGAAAGGGAGCAAUGUACUUGGAAGUAAUGUAUGUUUACAUCAAUUUGCAAAUUCCUGUACAUAGAGAUAUAUUUUUUAAGUGUGAAUGUAACAACAUACUGUGAAUUCCAUCUUGGUUACAAAUGAGACUCCUUCAGUCAGUUACCCAAAUAAAAUCAGUUCUGAAA